AUGAAGGAGCAGCAUUUAUCAAGACCGCAGAGGGCAGCGGCCACUGAAUCUCCUCCCACUUCCCGCCGCCAGCCACCGGCCUGCGAGGGUGAUCAGGCCCCUGAGGGACGAGGGAGCCCGGACAGGCGGAGGAUGAUGGGGUCGCUCGGCGCGGGGCAGGGGCCAAGAGCCCGGAAGCGGGCGAACGGCCACGAGGUAGGGCCCUCGGGGUCUGGGUGCCUCAGGCAGGGCGCGAGAGAAGAAUUUAAUGAGGCCUCACGCUCUGAGACAGGGUCCGGGGCACAGAGGGCGCGGAGACCGUGCCGCGAGGGCCGCAGGGAGGAAGGGGCGGCCUGGGGCUGGGCGUGUGCGCGCUUGCGCGAGGCAGGGGCCGAGGCGGGAGACCAGAGCCUCGCGAGAACUCUCAGCUGGGCGGUUGGGGAAGGCGUUGGGAGGAGGCGCUGCGGCGGGGGCCCAGGGCGCGUGUCCCUCAGAGGUGGGGGUGGGGGCGGAGCUGUGGCGCUGGUGGUUUGGAGCCCUGAGCGGAACUAUGGGCCUUUCAAUUACUCUCUUCAGCCUGUUGAUGAGUUGCCUGCAUUCCUUGAAGUGCCCAUGAUUUUUCCUGGUGCAUGGGAACUGGCUUUUGUGCCUUCCAAAAGUGUUGUGGUGAAGGGUAUCGUUGAACUUGUGAAAAGGGAUUUACAGUAUAAUUUCUCAGUUCAAGGUUUUUCUUCAGAAAGGAAUUUUGAAGAGUAUGUUAAGCAAGAGAAUAACUCUAAAAAAGUGUUGGUUGGUAUUAUUUUUGACCACAAGUUCCAAAAUAGUAAUGAUCCCCUGCCAUUUAAGGUAAAAUAUUCUCUGCGUUUUAGUGGUUUUCAGAGGAACAAGUAUGUGAGUUUCUUCCGAACUGGAGGCUGGGAAACAGGUGUUCUCUUUCCAACUUUUCCUUCUUUGGGACCCAGAAGUGAACGUAAUUCAAAUGGGGGGCCACCUGGGUAUAUCACUGAAGGGUUCCUGGUUAUGCAGCAUGCCUUGGAUCGGGCCAUCAUGAAAUACUAUAACCACACGGCUACACGAAAGCUAUUUCAAGACGUCACUGUCUUUGUUCAGAGAUUUCCAUAUCCAGCAUAUUCUCAUGAUUACUUCUUUACCUUUUUUGGUAUUUUCAUCCCUUUAGUAAUCUUAUUUAUCUUCUCUAUGAAUCAUCUUACCCUCACUCAGGCUAUUGUGUGGGAAAAGGAAAACAGAUUGAAGGAGUACCUACUCAUGAUAGGACUAAAUAAUUGGAUGCUCUGGGCUGCCUAUUUCUUCACAUUCCUCUCUUUAUAUUCAGUUAUCAUCCUUUUGAUGUGCAUGAUUUUCUUUGUCAAGAUAGAUCCUGCGCCAAUCAUCCAGUACAGUGAUCCAUCUCUUAUCUUCAUCUUUUUGCUAUGUUUUGCCAUCGCCACAAUAUUCUUCAGCUUUAUGGUCAGCACGAUCUUCAAUAAAGCACAUUUUGCUGUUUCUGUUGGAGGUUUCAUUUAUUUUGCUACCUACUUUCCAUUUGCCACAAUCUCUACAAACUUUGGACAAAUGACAUUCACCCAGAAGCUAGCUUCUUGUCUCAGCUCAAAUAUUGCAAUGGCGCUGGGAACUAAAUUCCUAGUCAAGGCAGAAAUGGAGAAAAUUGGAAUUAAGUGGAGUAACAUCAUCUCACCACCCAAAAUGGAGGACUUUGACUUUAUCCAUGUGCUGGGGAUGUUUUUAUUUGAUGCUUUCUUAUAUGGCCUUGUGGCCUGGUAUAUAGAAGCUGUCUUUCCAGGGGAGUAUGGUGUACCCAAGCCAUGGAACUUUUUCUUGCUGCGCUCUCACUGGUUUGGGGAAACACCAGAGAGAAAAAAGGAAACAAGGCAAUUUUAUGAAACAAAUGAAAGCAAGUAUUUUGAAGCAGAACCUACUAAUUUGGUGGCAGGUAUCCAAAUCAAACAUUUAUACAAGGAAUUCCAAGUACAAAAUACUACCAAGAUAGCUUUAAAAAACUUGUCUUUGAAUUUAUAUAUGGGGCAGAUCACUGUUCUUCUAGGACACAAUGGGGCAGGGAAAUCCACUACUCUAUCUAUUCUCUCAGGUCUCUAUCCUGCUACCAGUGGAGAGGCCUAUAUUAAUGGAUAUAACAUCUCACAGCAGAUGGUCCAUAUCAGGAAAAGCUUGGGCGUGUGUCCCCAACAAAACUUGUUGUUUGAUUAUUUGACCGUGUCAGAACAUCUUUACUUCUAUUGUGUGGUAAAAGGAAUACCUCAAAAGACACGUCUUAUGGAAACUGAUCAUAUGCUGGCUGCUUUUAACCUUCUAGAUAAGCAUAAUGCAUUUUCACAUUCACUGAGUGGAGGCAUGAAGCGCAGACUCUCCAUGAUCAUAGCACUUAUAGGGGGCUCCAAGGUGGUGAUACUUGAUGAGCCAACAUCUGGCAUGGACCCAGCCUCAAGGAGGGCCACCUGGGAUGUCCUUCAGGAGUAUAAAGAGAAUCGUACCAUCUUAUUGACCACCCAUUAUAUGGAUGAAGCUGACAUCCUGGGUGAUCGCAUAGCUAUCAUGGUCAAGGGAUCCCUGCGCUGCUGUGGCUCUUCAGUUUUCCUGAAAAGAAUAUAUGGUGUGGGAUACCACAUUGUUAUGGUGAAGGAAGCUCACUGUAAUGUUGAAGAAAUCUUCAAAUUGCUUCAAUAUUAUAUACCAACAGCCACUUUGGAGAAGAAUGUUAGUAAUGAAGUAUCUUUUAUUCUACCCAAAGAGUACACACACAGCUUUGAAGCUCUGUUUACUGAUCUGGAAAAGAGACGGUAUGAGUUAGGCAUUGCUAGCUUUGGUGCCUCUGUUACGACCAUGGAAGAAGUCUUUUUUAGAGUCAGUAAUAUGGAAGAUUCACAAACAGAUAUCCAAGCUACCCAAACUCUACCUCCCUCUGUGAUGAGUGAAGUCUCAAUUAAGAACCAGAAUAGGAAUAUGUCAAACAAUAAGAGAGCAGAUUAUUCCUCCAUGAAUGAAAACUCUGCUAUUAUGUUUAAUACUGGGUAUUCCCUCUACCACCAGCAGUUCUGGGCCAUGUUCAUAAAGAGGGCGAUGUUCAGUUGGAGGAAUUGGAAACUGAUUGCGCUACAGAUGCUGGCACUUCUAGGUUCCUUUAUUUUUCUCUCAGAAGCUGAUAAGCUUUCAUAUAAUAUUAAUGAAAAGGCCAGAGAAAUGAAUUUGGAUCAAUAUGGUAGAACAAUUGUGCCUUUAUCUAUUUCUGGAAAUUCUAGUUUGGCCCUGAUUUUCCUAAAACAUCUUAGAAGUAUACUAGAGUCUGACAAACACACACUUAAGGAAGUGCAAGGUGACCUACUGAAAUACUUAAUGGAAAAUGAAGAUUGUAUUCACUUAUGCAUUGUUGCAUUUUCCAUUGAGGUGAAGACAAAUAAAAUAAUUCUUACUGCUCUUUUCAACAAUCAAGCAUAUCAUUCACCAUCUCUGGCCUUGGCAAUAUUAGACAACAUUCUUUUCAUGACAGUUGCUGGCUCUAAUGCUUCCAUAACAGUCUUCAAUAAACCUCAGCCUUACUCUAAGCCUAAAAAACAAAGUGGAACAUUGUCAGAUGGACUCCAGGUGGCCUUAAAUCUACAUUUUGGCAUGACUCUUCUGAUCAGUGGCUUUUGUCUCCUGACAGUGACUGAACAAGUCACUAAGGCAAAGCACAUCCAAUUCCUGAGUGGGGUUUACAUCCCUGUGUACUGGCUUUCUGCUCUACUGUGGGAUUUCAUCAUCUUCUUCAUUACCUGCUGCUUACUACUGGUAACAUUUAAAUUCUGCCAAUUGGAUAUUUACAUCACAGAUUACCAUUUUCUGGACACAAUGCUGAUCUUCAUGCUGUAUGGCUGGUCUGCCAUUCCCCUCAUGUAUCUGCUGAGCUUCUUGUUUACUAAAAGUACUUCUGCCUACAUCAAACUUGUCCUGUUCAACUACCUUUCAGGCAUUUUCAGUACCCUCAUAGAUGCCACAUUGCAAUUUGAAGUUCAACAUAGGAUCUCCAGAGCCACCAGAGACUUCAUACUUAAUUCAUUACUGUUCUUUCCCAAUUACAACCUUGCGAAGUGUAUCAAUGACUAUUUUACUUUCUACCAGAUUAAGAAAUGGUGCUCUGGAAAUAAACCUCCUGUCUACCUAAACUGUAGUACAGAAAAUAUUGCAAAGAAUGUUUAUUCUUUGGAAGAGAAAAUGAUUGGAAAGUACAUGAUUAUAAUGAGUAUCAUAGGCUUUAUUUACCUUCUCUUCCUUUUCUUUUUGGACACUACCUUGUGGAAGCUAAGAACAUUUUUCAAUCAAUAUGUUUACUUUGGUAUCUAUAAGACAUUCAAGAAGAGAAAAGUGUUCAAGGAACUAUCUGGAGAAUCUGAUAAUGAAGAUGUACAAAAUGAAAGACAGAGAAUCGUGGGGCAGCCUCAGAAGGAAUUGGAUUCCGCAGUGCUUAUUAAGGAACUCACAAAGAUAUAUUUUAAGUAUCCAGUUGUUCUGGCUGUGAAAAAUAUCUCUGUUACAAUUCAAAGGGGAGAGUGCUUUGGAUUGCUUGGAUUCAAUGGAGCUGGAAAAACCACUACCUUCAAAAUUUUGACUGGAGAAGAGACUGUUACCACUGGGGAAGUGUUCAUUGAGCACUUUAGCAUCACUAAAAGCCUCCAAAAGGUGAAGUCAAGAGUUGGCUAUUGUCCUCAGUCUGAUGCAUUGCUGGAAUACAUGACUGGCCGGGAAAUAAUGAUCAUGUAUGCCAGAUCAUGGGGGGUUUCUGAGCCCCAGAUUCAGCUGUAUGUGAACAGAUGGUUGAGUUCAAUGCAACUGGAACCUCAUGCUGACAAGCUUAUUGGAACGUAUAGUGGAGGAACCAAACGCAGGCUGAACACUGCUAUUGCUCUAAUGGGAAAGUCCUCAGUCAUUUUGCUGGAUGAGCCAUCAGCUGGCAUGGACCCUGAAGCCCGACACCUGCUCUGGGAUGCUGUGACACGGACGCGUGAAAGUGGCAAAACCAUCAUUAUAACUUCCCACAGAAUGGAGGAAUGUGAUGCCUUCUGUACCAGGCUGGCCAUCAUGGUGCAGGGAAAGUUCCUGUGCCUCGGCAGCCCUCAGCACCUCAAAAACAAGUUUGGCAACAUUUACAUCCUGAAGGUCAAGGUCAAGAACGAUGUACAGAAUAAACUGGAGGAUUUAAAAUAUUUCAUCACACUAACAUUCCCAGGUAGUGUAUUAAAACAGGAAAACCAAGGGAUCCUUACCUACUACAUUCCCAGCAAGGACAGUAGCUGGGGAAAGGUGUUUGGUAUUUUGGAGGAAGCUAAAGAGCAAUUCCAUUUAGAAGAUUAUUCCAUCAGUCAGAUAACGCUGGAACAAGUUUUCCUGAACUUUGCUAACCCAGAGAACACAGAAGGUGAUUAUAAUGAAAAGUUCAAGAGCCCAGAUCCAUCCAGCGCUGAGAGGCCGGAACCUGAUACCUGGUCCAGUAGGGAAGAGAAGCGCCCUCUGAUAGAAUUCAGAACCUGGGCUCCCAACCAUUACGCUGCAGUGGAGGUGGGUCUUGGGGUGGGGUCCUGCAAAGAAGCAACCAUCGACCAAUCUGUGGGUGCCCUGUACCCUCUCUCAGAGCGUGAGGCCUCAUUAAACUUUUCUCUCGCGCCCUGCCUGAGGCACCCGGACCCCGAGGGCCCUACCUCGUGGCCCAGGUCCCACAGCGAGGCCCGACCGCAGAGGGCAGCGGCCACUGAAUCUCCUCCCACUUCCCGCCGCCAGCCACCGGCCUGCGAGGGUGAUCAGGCCCCUGAGGGACGAGGGAGCCCGGACAGGCGGAGGAUGAUGGGGUCGCUCGGCGCGGGGCAGGGGCCAAGAGUCCGGAAGCGGGCGAACGGCCACGAGGUAGGGCCCUCGGGGUCUGGGUGCCUCAGGCAGGGCGCGAGAGAAGAGUUUAAUGAGGCCUCACGCUCUGAGACAGGGUCCGGGGCACAGAGGGCGCGGAGACCGUGCCGCGAGGGCCGCAGGGAGGAAGGGGCGGCCUGGGGCUGGGCGUGUGCGCGCUUGCGCGAGGCAGGGGCCGAGGCGGGAGACCAGAGCCUCGCGAGAACUCUCAGCUGGGCGGUUGGGGAAGGCGUUGGGAGGAGGCGCUGCGGCGGGGGCCCAGGGCGCGUGUCCCUCAGAGGUGGGGGUGGGGGCGGAGCUGUGGCGCUGGUGGUUUGGAGCCCUGAGCGGUGA